AUGUCUGCCGAUCAAAUUAAUCAAAACGUUCCAUCCAGACUCAUUUUUAUGGAAUCCGUCAACAGAUUUUCCAAAUUGCUAGUUGUUGAUUCUACAAUCAAAACAGCUAAAAGUAUUUACGAAAAAGUAAAAGAUUACAAUCUUAUUACGCAAUGGACCCUAUCUACAGCUGAAAAUACCAUGAACAUGACCGUACAAGUGGGCAGACCUAUUGCGACGCCAAUAAUUCAAUAUCUUGAAGGUCCUUUUAAGAAAGUCGACUUCGUUUUGUGUACAGGAUUAGAUUACGUCGAAAAUAAAGUUCCUGCUGUUAAACUGCCAGCUGGAGAGAUCUACAACUCUACCUACAGCUAUAGAGCAAAGUCUGCAACAGAAUUAGCUGUGAAAAGAACUAGGGGUAUUGUAGAACCCUUAGUACAACCAGCUUUAGAUAAAACAUAUGAUAUUAAGGAAAAUGUGAUGAACAAAGUGGAUAAAUUAUUGUGGAUAAAUUAUUGUGUUCAUUGCACCAUGAACACAAUCAUGUUGGACAAGCACUGCAAUGCGAAGAAUGUCAAGAAGUCCGCAGAAAAGCAGAAGAACAACGGCAAAGCCAUCAAGGCCAUCAACAAAAUGAACCGUGAUGAUGAUGAUGAUGAUGAUGAUAAUGAUGAUGUUGAUGAUGAUGAUGAUGAUCAUGAUGACGAUGAAGAAAUUUAUGUCAAUUAG